AUGGCAGACAAGAAGACUUCCUCAGUAACGCCCCCCACCAACCCGCGCGGCAUCCCCGCCGCGCCCUUCGUCGACAAUGUAGCAGACUACGUAUCCUCACGAAGCGAAGUGGAACCGACGCUACGGUCCUUCCAAGAGAUGAUCUCGAAGUACCAAUUCAUGGAAGUCAACACGCAGCGCCGGGCCCAGGGUCUACGCGACAAGAUCCCCGACAUCAAGAAGACAUUGGAGAUGGUGCGAUUCCUGAAACUCAGAAGAGAAAAUGCAAGUGCCUCGGCACUCGAAACCAACUUCGAAUUGAACGAUACAUUGUAUGCUCGCGCGACGGUCUCCCCCGCUGAUACGGAGGAAGUGUAUCUCUGGCUCGGAGCGAAUGUUAUGCUUGCGUACCCGAUUGAGGAGGCUGAGAGCAUGUUGGAUGAGAAGUUGGCUGCGGCGCAGAAGAGUCUGGCGAAUUGUGAGGAGGAUUUGGAGUUUUUGAGGGAGCAGAUUACGACGUUGGAGGUUGCGACGGCGAGAGUUUAUAACUGGGAUGUGGUGCAGAGACGGAAAGAAAAGGCUGAAGGUAAGGGUGAUGAGGAAGGGGAGAAGGCUGCUUGA